CCGCGACGGUCGCAAGGUAUGUCGUUUUGGAGAAUAGCGUUAAAUAUAGGUUAGGAUUAUUUCUGUCGCGUCGGCGCACAAUCUAAACACAUUACACAGAACCGGCGUAAACUCCAAACGUUUAUAUAGUUAAUCGAUUACUUAUACUAAUUAGAUCGUGUAAACUCGUUAAAUUUUAAGACCCGCGGUUAAUAUGUGCAAGAUCGUACAUUUAACUCUUUUAAAGUGGAUGUAGUUAAGAAUGAUUAAAGUGAUAGUACUAGGAGUGUUGGCGCAAUGUGUUUUUAUACAAGGCCAGUUUGUAAUAGGUGGUUUAUUUUAUGAAGGAGAUGAGUUGGACGUGACACUGACCAACAGUGCUGAGCACUUUGGGUUCCAGGUGUUAAUCAGAAAAGUGUCACGAAAGGGAGAAUUGAUAGAAGCUGGAGAACACGUGUGCAACCUCGCCAAUGAAGGUGUCAUUGGUAUCAUUGACGGCACCAGCGGGAAAGUCACCGCACACGUCCAAGCGAUAUGUGACUUGUUGGACAUUCCACACAUCCUGAUCGACCACAAUGACUUGAUCAAGGAGGACUGGUUCCAUCUCAACCUGCAUCCCAGUCCUCAGGCUUAUAACAUGGUCAUAUCAAAGCUAGUUGAAUUGAAGAAAUGGACAAACGUCACCAUUAUGUACGAGAAGGGCUACAGUUUGAUGCGGGUGAGCGACGUGCUGGAAAUGGCCAGCAAGACCAUGACUGUCUCCAUUCGAGAACUUAGUGGGAAGGAUUAUAGAGACGUCCUCAUAAAUUCGAAAAGAAACGGAUACACGAAUUUCAUCGUGGAUUGUCCAUCGAAGAAACUAGAGCAGUUCUUAAAGCAUGCCCAACAAGUGGGCUUGAUGGCCGAUGAGCACUCUUACAUAUUCUUGUCGCUUGAUUUGUUUUACAAGGAUUUAACUUCGUACAGAUAUGGGGGCGUCAACAUGACUGGUUUUAUGAUAUCCAAAACCACUGACUGGACGAUUGAGCAGAGUUACAAUGAAAUUAAACAAUACCUGAUACAUGAUGCUGUGAAGUUGUUAAAUGAAACUGUUAAAAUGGUGAAGGACAUGACUGUAGAUCCUGGCACUGUCAACUGUGAAGAUUACAAUUCCUGGGAUUACGGGUCCUCUAUUUUAAACUUCAUGAAAACGAAUAAGAUUGAAGAAUCAACAGGACCACUAAUAUUUGAUGAAUUCGGUCAAAGAUCAGAUGUGCAUAUAAACAUUUUGGAAUUAACAUCUGCAGGUAGUCAGCAGAUGGGAGAUUGGGACUUUAAGGAGAACGAUAUUACAGUAAAUCGACCGUUGCUCUUGAUGCCUGACAUUACCGGAGAGUCCAUAAUGAGAAACCUAACAUUUAAAAUACUCGUUGCAAUGGUAUCACCAUUUUGCUACCUAAAAGAGUCUGCCACAACGCUGACGGGUAACGACCGUUACGAAGGUUUUGCUAUCGACUUAUUUGAAAGACUGGCUGAUGAAUUAGGAUUCCAAUGCGAAUUUGAAGUGACAGGUCUCAAAUAUGGAGGCUGGAAUGAGACUCUGAAGGACACGGACGGGAUAGCUGGGGAAAUCGAUCAUGGGAAAGCGGAUUUCGGCAUUUGCGAUUUUACUAUAACAUCAAACAGAUUAAAAGCUAUUGACUUCUUAACACCAUUCAUGUCACUCGGCAUCGCAAUUCUUUACCGUGAGCCCAGUAAACAGCCCCCGGCAAUGUUUUCGUUCAUGGAAGUAUUCGCACCGGAGGUUUGGUAUUACAUGGUACUGAUACAACUACUUCUCGGGGUGAUUAUGAUCCUGGUGGGGCGAUUGUCGCACAAGGAGUGGCAAAACCCGCAGCCCUGUAUCGAAGACCCGGAGGAACUGAGCAAUCAGUUCAGCUUUGCCAAUUCCGUGUGGCUCAUCAUUGGCUCAGUCAUGCAACAGGGUUCCGAAAUUGCCCCGAUCGCCUUUGCUCCACGCAUGAUAACGAGUAUAUGGUGGUUCUUCACUAUGAUCAUGGUGGCAUCGUAUGUUGGGACCUUGGUGGCCUUUCUUGUAGUGGAGAAAAAUGUUUUGCCCUUCGAAAAUGCGUAUGAUCUGUAUGAAACUAAGAACAUCAUGUAUGGUGCCAAAGAUACGGGGUCAACUAUUCAAUUUUUUAAGGACUCACAAGAUACUACAUACAAGAAAAUGUAUGAAAAAAUGGUCAAGAAUGGUUGGAAUGCCCCCGGUAACGACGAAGGAGUACAGAAGGCAGAGACUAUGAAUUAUGCAUUUUUUAUGGAAUCGCCUUCCAUUGAAUAUUACAAACAAAGACAUUGCUCGUUGAUGCAAAUUGGUGAUCUGUUAGACUCAAAGAGUUAUGGCAUUGGAAUAAAAAAAGGUUCUCCCUAUAAAAAAGUAAUGGACGAUGCAUUACUGAGACUUCAGGAAAUCGGAGAGUUGCAGAAACUGAAAGAUCUGUGGUGGAAAGAAAAAAGGGGAGGGGGAAAAUGCGGGCAAGAGACAAAAGAAGAGGAAAAACAAUUAGGGAUGAAGCAUAUGACAGGGGUGUUCGUUGUCCUGGGAGUGGGCUGUAUACUCGGCAUUGUCAUUUCGAUACUCGACAUGUUGUGGGGAGUCUUCCAGCGGUCUGUCAAAUACAAAACUACAUUCAAAUACGAGCUGGUUGAAGAACUGAAAUUCGCCCUAAAGUUUAGCGGUGACGUGAAGCCGGUGAAACGCCCAGCGAAGACCGACGAGUCGCCCGAGGCCGACGCCGUGGCCGAGGCCGAAGGCAAGGACGAGCUGCGGUCUCUGCGCUCGCUGUCGGUGCGGUCUGCGAGCACCCGGAGGUCAAGAAGUCACUCGCAUAGCUCUCGCCAUUCUCCUUCUGAUCUUAGUGUCCAAUUUGCCAGGAGAAGGCGGUAUUCUCCGUGAUAGAAGUAAACAAGAUC